GUGAUAUAAUAAUUAACAAUGAAAUUCUUAUAUAUCGUAGCCUUAUUGCUGCUGAUAUCCCCCACCCUGUGCUUCUGGUCAACUGGUCACAUGAUUAUUGCCAGAAUUGCAUAUGAAGAGAUCAAAGUGAAGGAUCCUGCUUAUUUCAAGCAGAUUACUAAAGAAAUAGAACUCCUGAAGGACUUCGGGCAAGAAGGAGUCAACCCAUUUGUUGAGUCUGCUGUAUGGGCAGACGACAACAAGGCCAUCGCCUGGGGCGCCUUUAGCAAUUGGCAUUUUGUUGAUACUCCAGUAAUCGCAGAAGGAUUUGAAGGAGAAUAUGAAGUAGAUAAAGCUAACGCAACUUGGGCUAUCUAUGAAAUGGAAAAGACCUUGAAGAACACCAAGAAGCCUAAGUUCAACAACGGUCUAGCACUUUCCUUUGCUUGGAGGUACUUGAUUCACCUUGUUGGUGACAUUCAUCAGCCAUUACAUGCUUCUGCACUUUAUUCUGAUGCUUUCCCUCAUGGAGACAGAGGAGGUAAUAGUUUCAAAAUAAAGUACCCGAAAGACAAACAGAUCUACAACCUCCAUGCUCUCUGGGAUGCCUGUGUUGACCAAUACGGCUCAAUCUGGGCUCCAAUCAACGAAGGAGAGUGGAACCAGCUUGGCACAUUUGCUGACAAAGUCACAGCUGAAUAUCCAAGAAAUAAGGUUGCCAGCAGAGUGAAAAUUCUAGAUGAAAGAGAAUGGGCCAAGGAAAGCAACAAGAUUGCUAAAGAAGCUGUGUAUGCAGACAUCGAGCCCAAAACAAUCCCUUCUGAUGAGUACAUUGAGAGAGGCAGAAAAGUAGUCAAUGAACAACUCGCUGUUGCUGGAUACAGAUUGACUGACCUCAUGCUUAAAUUAAGACAUUAUGUCGGUGAAGAGAAUGAAGUUGAAUCAUUCAUCUCUGAAUAA